UAGUUUGGGCACUUCCGGAUUUCCGUUUUCGCCCUCAUCCGAGCCCUCGCUCGCAUGAGCUGCGCGGAAGGAGCCCACUCAUGACGGCUAGGCUGCUGCUCUUUGUGCCGGUGGCACUGGGCGCCUUCCUCGCGCCCUGCCCUGCGCGCUUGCUUGGGUGCGCAGCGCUGCUGGCGGCUCUAAGGCGCACGCCCAGGCGCCACCUGAAGCACCUGCCAAAAGCGGCAGGUCUGAUUCUGGUCGCUGCAUCACUGGCCGUUGCUCUACAGCCAGCGCAGGUGCCGGCGCUCUCGCUGCCCUGGCGCACCACCAGCGUGGAUGCAGGCGAGCCCUGCAAAGGUAGCGGAGUCUCCUACUGGCUGGACCACUGGCUCUUCCGGUGGUUCCGCCUGGAUCCCACGCAAGAGGCGUCCAAAGCCGACGCCAAGGGGCUAAAAGAAGACCUGGCCCGAGUUGGUCGCUUGGCCAGGCACGAGUGGCACACACUCUGCUUGGGCAUCGGCUUCCUCCUCACUGCUGCCGGCUUCCGGACCCUGAUCCCGCAGGCGGUGGCAAGCACCCUGAUCGUGGCCCUGAAACCGGAGGCUGACGCCCAUGCGCAGCACCAAGCCUUGGUGCGCAGCGCGAAGCGUCUGGCGCUGCUGGCGCUGGGCUACGGAGUCUUCAGCGGCCUGCGGGGCCUGCUGAUGUCCAUCGCGGAGAACCGGCUGCUUCUGCAGUUGCGAAGGCAGACCUUUUCUCGGCUGCUGCAGCAAGACAUCGCCUUCCAUGACGUCCGCGAUGUUUGGAACCAAGAGCUU